AAAAUCGCAUAUAUGCGAAUUUUUUAUUUUUCUUUUAUUCUAACAAUCGAUUCUGCCCUUAUACGCACAAUCAAAAAUUCAUAUUGCAUAAUUUUUUCUGCAUCUAGGAAUUUAUGCGUUGAAUGCAAAACGAAGAUACUGCGGUGGCGUACCGCUACGUUGAAAACGCUGAUUAUUGUCGAUAACUAGAAACACGCUGUGAGUACGCGCGGAAAUCUGAUUGUAACCUCGAAAGCCUUCGAUUUUUGCGCGUAGUAUAACGAUGACUUCAAUAACAGCUGGACUUCCGCUCACAAUCGAAUUUGGGGGUGGGGCGGAAUUAUUAUUUGACAAGAAGAGAGAACACAAAGUGGACCUACCUGGCGAGGAGUGGACCUUGAAACAACUGCUGUUCUGGUUACGAGAUAACCUCCUGACGGAGCGGCCGGAACUCUUUAUGCAAGGUGACACAGUAAGACCGGGUAUUCUAGUGCUAGUAAAUGACGCCGACUGGGAAUUGCUGGGUGAAGGCGAUUAUAAACUGUGUCCGCGGGACAAAGUGCUCUUCAUCUCGACGUUGCACGGAGGAUAGAAGGUAUGAAUUUCCGAUAUUGAAAAUCAACGAGGACAAGUGCGAUCCACCCGAACAUCGUGGACUCUUUUUGAUAUGUAUAAAAAAUUUUAUAUCUAUUUUAGAUUGUCGCAUUGAUUGCGACAUGAGAAAAUAAAGUUCUUUCUCGCAGGA